AUGAGUAAUGAAAAUAUAAUUCAAUCAAUGCAAACUGACAGUGAAUAUGAAUCGGAUGUAUCAUCAAUAACUGAUGGUUCAACAACAAAUAAAAAUGAUCUACAAUUAAGUUGUGAACAUUUAGAAAAACGUAUUGAUUCGUUGACACAAGAAAAUCGUGUUCUUCAAAUUGAACUUCAAACAUUUAAAUUACGUUUAAAAGCUUCACAACAAGAAAUAAAACAACUAAAACAUUCAAGUAUGAAUAUGCAAGUUAAAACUGAACAAGAAGAAGAAUUUAUUUCAAAUAGACUUUUUAAAAAAAUAAACGAAUUAAAAAAGGAAAAAGAAACUUUAGCUAAUAAUUAUGAACGUGAAGAAGAAUUUUUAACGAAUGAUUUAUCAAGAAAAUUACAACAAAUUAGAGAUGAAAAACAAUCUUUAGAACAAUCAUUAGAACAAGAACAAGCUUCACAAAUAAAUCAAUUAAUGAAAAGAAUUCAUCGUUUAGAAGCUGAAAUGGUUAAUAAACAAAAUACUCUUGAACAAUUAAAAAAUGAAAAAGUUGAAUUAGAAAAUAUACUUGAAAAAGAACAAGAAUAUUUAGUUAAUCGUUUAUGGAAAAGAAUGGAAAAAUUAGAAGCAGAUAAUAAAUCACUACAAUUAAAAUUUCAACAAUCUCAUUCACAAUAUACAAGUAAUGAUCGAUCAUCUACAACGGAUUUAACACAUGAUGAAAUAUUAAAUACCGGUUCAAAUUGCUUAGUUGAAUCAAAUUUAACUAAUGAUAAUACACUAAUAAAUAGUGAUUAUGCUGAACAAUUAAAAGAAGAAGUUGAAAAACUUCGUCAAGAAUUAAAUGUUCAACAAGAAAUACAUAAAAAAAAACUUGAACAACUUAUUUUAGAUGAACAAAAUGCUAAAGAUGAAAAUUUACGUUUACAAAGAAAAUUACAAAUUGAAGUUGAUCGUCGAGAACAACUUUAUAAACAAUUAAGUGAAAGUGAAUCAUCACUUGAAAUCGAUGAAGAACGAGCUUUAAAUCAAAAAAUUAAAUUUUAUUCAAAUAAUCAACAACAAACAACAAGUUUAUCAUCAUUAUCAUCAUCAUCAUCUUCACAAUAUAAUUUAGUACGUUCAAGAACAGCAUCAAGUCCAGCUUUUAUUAUUAAUAGAAAUCUUGAACAUUUACAAAGAAGACGAUUAACAUCAAAUUGUUUAGAAUCUAAUCGUUCUAUCGAAUAG